AAGGGAGCGCGAGAGGGAGGCUGGGUGAAGGGGACGGACCUCGCGUCAAGCUCACAUCAACCUCGGCGUCCUCCUCCACGCGCACGAUCGCUUUCAGCUGCACGCCGGAGGUGCAACGCAAUCGUCAAGGUGGGCACCGUUGUGACGCGAGCGCUAGAGCAGAUCGUGUUCUGCCAGAAUUUUCACAACAUGAUCCAGCGGAACUUGAAGAAGAUGGACGUCAACAUUGAGCCACUAAUCAUCUCCCCGGCGUUCAACCACUGAGAUCUCAGCGAUGAGAGGAGCCGUCGUCCUUCUUCUUCUCUUCUUGUGCGUCAGCCGUGUCGCUUCGCAGCAUCUGCCAGGACUCGGUCCAUCUUUGCACUUAGCGGCUAAACCUAGCCUCGGACUAACGGUGACCCACCCGAGGACUCAUGAAGAAGUUGAAGGGCUAUAUGAGGAGGGUUCCGCCGGGCUGAGGCUAAUUUCCGAGGCGGGUCAGGAGAAGUCACGGCAGGCAGAGUCGGACGGCGGAGGUGCGCAAGGAUCCAGGCGGCCUCGUUCUCGGCGGAAGAGAAGCUGGCUGUGGAACCAGUUCUUCGUCAUUGAGGAGUACCGAGGCCCGGAACCCGUGCUCAUCGGACGGUUGCACACGGACAUGGACCGAGGGGACGGGCACACCAAAUACACGCUGGAGGGCGAAGGAGUGGGCUCGGUGUUUGUCAUCGACAGCAACACGGGCAACAUCCACGUCACCAAGUCUCUAGACCGCGAGGAGAAGGACCAGUACCGCCUCACUGCCACCGCCACCGACCGCCAGACGGGCCGCGCCCUGGAGCCGUCCUCGCAGUUCAUCAUCCGAGUGCAGGACAUCAACGACAACCCGCCCAUCUUCCACGGCGAGCCCUACAUCGCCGCCGUGCCCGAGAUGGCCAACAUCGGCACGUCCAUCAUCCAAGUGACGGCCACAGACGCUGACGACCCCACGUACGGAAACAGCGCCCAGCUGGUCUACGCCAUCGCUGAAGGACUCGACUACUUCUCGGUGGACCCACAGACAGGUAUCCUGAGGACCGCCGUGCCCAACAUGGACCGAGAGACCCAGGAAGAGUACGUGGUGGUACUCCAGGCCAGAGACAUGGGGGGCCAUCUAGGAGGCCUGUCGGGGACCACCACGGUCACCGUGAGGCUGAGCGACGUCAACGACAACCCACCUCACUUCAGACGCAGUGCGUGGUCGUUCUCCGUGUCAGAACUGGCGGCGCCGGGCGUGGAGGUGGGCCGUCUCACCGCCACGGACGCCGACGUGGGCGACAACGCGCUACUGGAGUUCACCAUCAUGGACGCGGAAGAGGCGCAGACGUUCAACAUCAGCGGCAGGGAGCGAGAAGCCAUCAUUGUACUGAACAAACUGCUGGACUACGAGACUCGCAACUCAUACUCGUUCACCGUGGAGGUGGCCAACCCCCUGGUGGACCCCCGCUACCUGAAGGUCGGCCCUUUCAAGGACCAGGCCAUGGUGCGGGUCAUGGUCCUGAACGCGGACGAGCCACCGCGCUUCUCCCAGGCCCGUUACCAUCUGGACGUGUCAGAGAACUGCCCGCCCGUCUGCUCGGUGGGCCGCGUACACGCCGUGGAUCCUGACACGGGACAGAGCGGCAACAUCAGGUACUCCAUCGAUCCUCAGUCGGAUCCGGAGGCUCUGUUCCGCGUCGCCUCCGACACGGGAUUCAUCAGCACGGUGAUGGAGCUGGACCGCGAGCGGGAGCAGUGGCACAACAUCACUGUCAUUGCCACGCAGAGGGACAACCCCAAUCUUGUGUCAAGGGUGGUGGUUGCCAUAGAAACGCUGGACCAGAAUGACAAUGCGCCUGAACUGGACAGACAAUACACCACAUCCGUUUGUGACUCCACCGCCCCGGGACAGGUUGUUCAAGUUCUACGCGCUGUUGACCGAGACCCGGGAGGGCAUGACGCGCCGGUCCACUUCAGCAUCCCGCCCGAGUCUAGCUCCGCCCUCAACCUCUCCAUCAGGGACAGCGGCGGCGUGACGGCCAGCCUUGUGCUGCAGUCGUCCUUGGAGCCGGCGCCCGGCUAUUCGUCGUCCUUAGUCAGCCUCUAUGUGCCGGUGGUGCUGCGAGACGGCGCCUCGGGCCUGGCCAACACGGCCACGGUCACCGUGACCGUAUGCCCGUGCCUGCGGGGCGGUAUGCGCACCGAGGAGCGCAGCCCUCGAACGCGGGGCCGGCGCUGGGAGCGGCGCGCCGUGUGUCGCCCAGCUCCGUCUGCCUCGCCCUCGGCCGUCUUCACGCUGGUUAUCCUGAUGGCGGCGCUGGCCUGCGUCACCACUCUGCUGGUGGUUUGCGCACUGUCCCUGUCACUAAGGCGUCAGAAACGAGACGCCCUCUCAUUCUCGGAGGACGACGACAUCCGGGAGAACAUCAUCUCCUAUGACGACGAGGGCGGGGGCGAGGCGGACACGGCCGCCUUCGAUAUGGCGGCGCUGCAGAGCAUGCACAGGAUCCAAAACGUGCAUAGAAACAUAUGGUACACACAGCAGAGCGCGCCACCCCCUCGCUCCAGGACGUUCAGCGUGACCCGUAACCCCCACCCAGGGCCGGAGCCCGAACGGCGGCCCGGCUCGGCGCCCCUCUACGGGCGGCUCUGCUACGGAAUCCACACGCUGCCGUCGCUCCGGGACUACUACUACCAGGCCGGGCCACUACAGGCAGGCGUGCAACUUCCUCUACCGGGACGGCGCCUCGCGGCCGCCGCUCCUAUCAUCCGGAACCAGCCGGUGCAGCACCGCCCUCCCGAAAACGGACGAGCAAGUGUGCUAGCGGCGCAAACGCUGAGCAGGCUGAUGGGCAGGACUGAAGAAGGAACAAAGAUUCACGAUGACACUCAGAAGCAGGACCACGUUAAGACAAGCCCAGCAGAGGUCCAGUCAGUGCCAAUCAGCGGUCCGGCCAGUCUGAGCUGCUCCGACCCUACCGGUUCCUCCUGCCAGAGUCCCAGCAGCUCGUCAGCCAACCAGACUCUGAUCAGCACCGGCGCCACCAGCUGCACCGUGGAGGACACCGACACCGACUGGUCACUACCGUCCAUUUCCGAGCGGAGUUACCCCGACGCCAAGCUUCCCGUUUACCCCAUGACGGACACGUACAGCAUCGUGGGCUCGCUGAACGGAAGUCUACCCGCAACAAUACCCGACAACCGCCAACCCUUACGAAUGGAGGACCUGCUGAACUUCCGUCUCAACCGGGUGACGUCCGACCAGUCGCAGCCGCCGUAUGACUCGCUGCAGACUUACGAGUUUGAGGGCCGCGACUCUCGGGCUGAGUCGCUGAGCUCACUGGGGAGCGAGGACGGGAAGGAUCAAGACCGAGGUGAGAACGGGAAGGACCGGGACCCGGCGGCAGGAGGCAUGGAGGAACUCAACGUCAAGUUCCAGCGGCUGGUAGCGCUCAUCAGGGAGAGGAAGAGUGGCAAGGAGCAGGGGGCGGCUGAGGAUCCCAGCCAAGUCCAAGCUGCUCCUUCCCAAACCGGCCAAGUCCAAGAGAAGCCAGUACUAAAGUGGGACUUUUAAGGGACACAUUUGAAUUUCCGGACUAGUCCCACAGGGAGGAGGAAGACCCAGGCCCCGCGAGGGAGACAACAGGCCUGACUUACAAAUAGCAAACACUCCUUGAAGUCUGGGCUGCUCAGCCAACCCCGAAGAAGAGGGAUGGAGAGAUUCUGAAUUUUUCCAGGAUUUCCUGGAAGCAGCGCACAGUGUAUCACUAUCACCCCCCUCCCCUUUCCCCCCGCCACCACUGUCAUUUCACGCCUGCCGUGAUAGCAAACGCACAGUAAAUCUUUCACUUGACACCGUGGUUAUUUAAUAAUGCACUUGGGCUUUCAACACAAAACUUAUGAAAGAUUCACAUUGAUUGAAAUAUUCAUUUCCACCACAGCUUGAAAUGUGCAUUGUCGGAAAAUAGGCCCUCAUCCAAUAUUCAGCAGGAUAUGAUUGUGAAUAUGCAUUUGACUGAUCUAAUUGGAUGGAGGCCGGUUGUCUUCUUUUGUCAACCGUUCAGUAAAGCGACAUCUCUGUGUAGAUGAAGAACAACUCUAGUGUGGCUCAUUUUGGCUCGCAAGUCGGUUGCGGCGGGGGUGGGGGUGGGUUGGUGGCAUGAGGGAUGAUGAUUGUUUGGAUCGUAAAACCUGUAACAUGCCAUGUGAAGCAAUUGAAAACAAAAAGUGCCCAGCUCGAGUGAAUGCCUGGACAGUAGGUGAAAGGAGUUCAUGCACAUCCUUGGACCAAACGUCUGUGCUGCGUUAAUGAGUUCCCCCAAGAGCAAAAACACUUUAAUAUAUGUGACUCAUUUCUGCAGCUGUUUGGAGUGAAAUCCAUUCAUUUUUCCUCCGGCUUUCAGGGCAACUGUUAGAAUAAAAGCGUACGUUGUAACAGCUUCAAAUGUAAUUAUUCUUCCCCUCCGCAAAGGCUCUGAUGCGUCUCUUAAUCAAGUAGCACUCAUGCCGAUGUGACGCGUUCACAGCAAAUUAGAGAGCCGGGUUCUCGGUAUGAGCCGGCAGGCCACUGGGUAAUUAAUUACAUGUGGCGGCCAUUUUAGGCAAAGGCUGGAAACCGAGUUUAUUUUUCAUUGAAGUUAUUCUAAAACUAAAUUGUUUGUAAAACCGGGUCGUUCAUCAACUGAGGUUCCACUCUACUGGGUGGGUCACUGAUCUUCAGGUAGCAAUGGAGUUAGCUGCAUACUGUCGCUAGCUAGCUAGCUAGUUCAUUUCUGCCCUUUAUCUGCAACUAGAACUGCAGCUGAGCUUCAGUAUUUUAAUCCCAAUUGAGACCGGGCGCCUCCUCCGCUGUCACUUCCCAGUCUGGCGCGCCACCAAGAUGAAAGAUGAACAGUUUGGGGGGGCUCCUCAGCCUCCUUGUUUUAUUUUGACACAGCACUCAAGGCUUUUGAAUCAUUUAGAAUGUCUCCAACUUUGUGUCAUGACAAAAUGCAGCUUCACAAUCACGGCGCACAAUUUUGUCCUUCACAUUUGGAUUUACUUUAGAACUUGUACCCACAAAUGUAUCUAAAAGCAUACAGAUUCAAGAAGACGUUCGCAAUGAUUUAAAAAAUAAACAGUUGAUCAACUUGAA